CUUGUUUCUCGUGUCGUGUCGCCCUCGGUGCGGGCUGAAGGAGAAGAAGAAGAGUGUCGGUGUUUACCUGUCAACACACGGGACAACGUUACCGGCCGAACGUUUGUGGAAUACUUCUAGUUUCGACCGGUGAACUGUGGAAAGGUUUACACCUUCACGGUCCCGCCAUGGGUUCGACCGGAGCGGAGCGGCGCGGAGCGGAGAGGGGAGUUUAAAUCUCCCCCUCGUCCCGUCUGGUGACCGGGAGAAGAACCGAGCCGCGUCCCGUUCACGCUGGACUGAGAUUUCAAAAAAAGUUGUUCACCUUUGUCGGAGCGGCAGAAGCGAGUCCGCGGCGGGUUGUCGCCGAGUUCACUCUCUCGUUUGUUUUCGGAGUGUUUCUGUUCCGUUUCCCUGGGAGAGCGGGCGAGAGGCGGCGGACGGAGAGCGGCUCGCCGGGUCGCGACUGACCGCUGGAGCUGCUCCCGAAAAUGGAGGCGGUGAUCGAGAAGGAGUGCAGCGCGCUGGGGGGCCUGUUCCAGACUGUGAUCGGAGACAUGAAGAGCAGCUGCCCUAUUUGGGAGGACUUUAUCACCAAGGCCGGCAAACUGCAGUCGCAGCUCAGAGUGACAGCGGUUGCCGUGGCUUCCUUCCUGGAUGCCUUCCAGAAAGUGGCCGACCUCGCCACCAACUCUCGAGGUGGAACCAGAGACAUUGGAUCAGCCUUGACGAGGAUGUGUAUGAGACAUCGCAGCAUAGAGGCUAAACUCAAACAGUUCUCCAUAGGCUUCCUGGAGUACCUGAUCAACCCUCUGCAAGAACAGAUGGAGGAGUGGAAAAGAGGAGUAAAUACUCUGGACAAGGACCACGCUAAAGAGUAUAAAAGGGCUCGGCAGGAAAUCAAGAAGAAGUCCUCGGACACGCUGAAACUUCAGAAGAAAGCAAAGAAAGCUGAUAAUCUGGGUCGAGGUGAUAUCCAGCCCCAGUUGGACAGCGCCAUGCAGGAUGUCAGUGAUAAAUACAUUCUGCUGGAGGAGACGGAGAAACAGGCCCUGAGGAAGGCUCUUAUAGAGGAGAGACAGAGAUUCUGCUGUUUCGUGGCAAUGCUGCGGCCUGUAGUGGACGAGGAGAUUUGUAUGUUGGGAGAGGUCACCCAUCUCCAGGCCAUCUCUGAUGACCUCAAAGCCCUGACCUCUGACCCCCACAAGCUUCCCCCUGCUAGUGAACAGGUGAUCAUGGACCUGAAGGGCUCAGACUUUAGCUGGUCAUAUCAAACGCCUCCCUCAUCCCCCAGCACCACUAUGUCCAGGAAGUCAAGCAUGUGCAGUAGUCUGAACAGCGUUAACAGUAGUGACUCCAGGGGAUCCAGUGGCUCCCACUCUCAUUCUCCUUCCUCCUCUUCUUCCUCCUCUUCCUCACACCACCUCUUCCACCACCAUCAACCCCGCCACCGGUACCGUAGCUCCACGCUACCGCAGCAGGCCCCAGCUCGGCUCUCUAGCAUCUCCUCCCACGACUCUGGUUUCAUUUCUUCAUCACAAGACCAAUACAUGUCGCCCAAAUCAUCCUCGCCUAUGCAACCUGAAACAAAGCCUUGUCCAAGCUCCAGCUCCUCUGAGGUGUCAGAGACUGGGCAGCUUCCCAGUGACUGCAGCUCCCCCUCUCCUCUAGCUGCAGCUACUGCACCUCAGCACACUGACAAGUUGUCCAAUGGUUUUGACCACUACAGUCCGGCCAGUUCCCCCUACCUGCAUAGCAACGGGGGGAGUUUGGGCUCAGAGUCAGCCACUGCCUUCCCGUUCUUCCCUCCUUCCUCCUCAUCCUCCACCUCCUCCUCCUGCCCCACCCGUUCAUGGUCACGCCCCGCCUCCGCCUUGCUGCCAGACUACCCUCACAACUGCACGGUGGGCUCGCCCAUGGUGCCUUCAUCCCGAGUCCCAAGCUGGAAGGACUGGGCAAAGCCAGGGCCUUAUGACCAGCCCAUGGUCAACACACUAAGGAGGAAGAAAGACAAGGAGACCCCAGCUGUAAUAGACAGUAACGGUAAUAUGAACAGUGACGGCAGCCAGUCCUCGGGCCCCGCCUCGACCUCAGCUCGGGCUCCGCUACAAACACCAGGCUCAUCAGCCUCAGUGGAAGAGAGGAGCAGGACUGUGGCUGCACCUCUCAAGUUGCAGGCCGCUGAUAUUGAGACUCACGAGGAACUGGCUCUGGCCUUGUCCAGAGGUCUGGAGCUGGACACCCAGAGGUCCAGUAGAGACUCAAUCCAGUGCUCCAGUGGCUACAGCACGCAGACCAACACACCCUGUUGCUCCGAAGACACUAUACCGUCACAAGUGUCAGAUUAUGACUAUUUCUCGAUGGCUGGAGAUCAGGAGCCGGAGCAGCAGCAGUCUGACUUUGACAAGUCCUCCACCAUCCCCAGAAACAGUGACAUCAGUCAGUCCUACCGACGCAUGUUCCAGACAAAACGCCCAGCCUCCACAGCAGGGCUGCCCAGCCCACAUGCUCCUUACCCUGGACAGGGGGCCUACCCUGCGGGGCCUUAUCCCCCCACACCUAUCUACACAGGAGCUUAUCCAUCUGCCCCUGCUGGGCCUUAUCCACCCACCCCUACAGGCUCAUCAGGUCAGGGAUUUUAUUCCGGAUCCAGCUCCCAUAAUGCCUCUGGCUCCUAUUCUACAGGCCACGGUCCAGUUAUCAUCACCCCGGGGGUCGCCACCAUCCGCCGCACCCCCUCCUCAAAACCCUCCGCUCGCCGUUCAGGCUCCGUCAUGGGGACCGGCCCCAUCCCUAUUCGUACACCCGUCAUCCCGGUAAAAAUCCCAACGGUGCCAGAUAUGUCCGGAGCAGUUAAUGGGAGCAGGAAUGCAGACGAGAUGGGAGGAGGAGAAAGCCCAGAUUCUCCAACAUUUGCAGGAGGGGUGUGUGCUGACACAUUGCCUGUGAUGUCCUGGAGUGGUCAGGCUACAACCAACCCGCCCACCGCCGCCCUGAUCAAUCAACUGACCCAGCAGCACCUCCACAGUGAGAUCGGCUCAGAGGGAGGAGAAGGGGAAGGGGGAGAAGGAAAUAUGCUGGUGGCCAUUCGCAAGGGUGUCAAGCUCAAGAGAACCCUCACCAACGAUCGCUCCGCACCUCGCAUCGCAUGAUGACAUCGUCACGAUAUUCAGACGAGGGUCACAAGAAACGUGUGGUCCGUGUCACAGAAAUGAGGCUCCCCCGUUCAUUAUCAUUUGUAAAUUAGGUUAAAGGCUUUACAAAGAAAGUGUUGCUGAUAGAAAUGCAACGUAUAGAAUCUAAAGGCUUCUUAUGCUAGUUUGAGAAAUCAAAAGCACCUAUUCUACAAUCCUCAUUCUGUAAAUUUUCAUCUUUGAGGAUCUCUCGCUACAGGCGCCGUCUUCAAUGAAAGGAAAAUAUAUAGAUAUACAAGUUUUCUAAUUUGACAUUAGGAUACCUGUAAAGCCAGGUUUGUUAAAAUAUAGGAUUGGACCAGAAGUUGAUCGUAGUUCCACUUAUUGAGAACAAGGAGAAAAAAAUCAUUUCUUACAUGCAUCACAGUAGAAAUAUAUGUAUUCGCAAAUCCGAGCCGCCUAGCUGUGAAAUGAAAGUGUAAAACAUGAGAAUGUUCAAGAAGCACCGAGCAGCAUCACUUCAUAGUAUGUUCACGUCAACAAGAGAACAGUGAAGACGUACUUGACACACUCGCCUCCAGUAUUGUCCCUGAAGCAGAGGGUUGGACAAGGACAAUGAGUUUGCCUCUUCUCCGUGUUAAAAAAACACUGUGUAUUAUACAGCUUCUUAAACGCUUCUUGUUGCAGGAGUGCGUCGCGUACCACGGAGGGACGAAUACGCAUAAUGUCUCGGCAGAAGGAGAACAACACCCACCGCAAGUACAACACAGCGUCAAGGGAGCAAUAUUCAGCUGCACUAAACAGUAACGACUCAAUUUGCCGACUCCUGAAUUGCAUCGGCUGCGUCCUCGGAGAGACACCCCCGGCGGCUUCAGGAAGGGCAGAGGACUAUGUUGCACCCAAGCAGUGGACUGCAGUGUGACUAAGGCAUCACACCCAUGAGUUACUUUCUAUUUCGUUGUAGUUUAUUAUAGGAUUUACAUGAUUUGUACAUAGUUCUGCACGUGGCUGUUGACGACGAGUGCGUCGGUGCUUCUUCCCCCCCCGUGUCUUUUGCCACGUUUUUCCUCCUGCUCCUCCACUGUGCCAAAAUGAUUCAGUUUCACAUCUUUAGACAUGUUGUGUUUAUUGAUGUUUAUAUAAUGAUCAUCAUGACCCAAAUUCCCAUGGGAUAUGAAUUGGUUGUUCUUUUUCAAAAUCAGCUCAAUCCGCUGUAAGCUUUAAUCUGCCGUGUAUCUACAUGCUGAGCUUUGUAGAAAUUCUCAGUGGUUUCUGGUUCAUGUUAGUCCUUAAAUAUUAGCCCCUUCCUCUUAUUUUUGAAGCAUUUAUUAGCCAUACAACAACCGGCACAGUUUUCCGAUUGCUCAUCACGUUACUAGAAAAUGUCAAAAGUACAGACGUGCCAUGUCAAAAGUCAACGCUAAUUCAAAUGUAUAAAUAUAUAUAUAAAGUAUUAAACAUUUUAUAGAAGUUGAUGAGGCAAAAAUAUUUUUGAUGUUUUUAAAGUUGAGUUAAAAGUUGUAAGUGAUGAUGCCAUUCUUUCUAUUGUUCUGUCUGGUUGCGGUCAUUUGAGACGCAUGUAGCAUGCAUCCUUUUGAUUCAUUAUGUUUUCAUGUUUCAUCUACAAUAUUUUUUGUGUUUGUUUUGUAACGGCAUCAACGGUGACAAGUUCCGUCUUGAUAGAUGUUUUUAGAUAGUAGUGUCAUUAUACUAAAGGUACUUUUUUUUCAUCUGGACAACAGGAGCUUUUUCUUCAGACAUCGUUGUAAGACUAAAGGCUAAGAGCAAUUAAUGUCACUGACUUAUAGUCUGUGUUUUGUUUUUUAUUUUCAGUUCAAGCACUGUGAGACCAUGUCUACUACCACAUGUUGAAGGUGUAAAUAUUAUUUAGCUGUACAAGUUAGUCCGGGAACUCACACUUUUUUUUUGUAAUUUAUUUUCUUUCUCAGUCUUUAAAUCCUUUUUUUUUUUCUUCCUCAACCUAUCUUUAUUUUUAUACUUGUAUAAAAUAUCAGAGUAAUAGAGUUCUUCCGUCUUCCCACGCAUGUGCAAUCUGUUGAUGUAAUGUACAUCAGAUUUUAGCAUCAGUGUCCAGCUAUUAUUCAUUCAAGUCCCUAAUUUCACACCCACUUUUGCAUAAACUUCAUUUUAAUAAUCACAUUAAUGAUACAGAAAGGCUUUGUUGUGAAUGAAAAGUUAAGGUUCUGCACUGGCGAGAUUUAAAUCAGUAUCAGUAUUAUGAGGGCAGAUUUCGCGGGCCGAUGCAUUCACUUAAGUUUCAGCUCCAAAAAGUGUUUCGUUUGAAUAUUUUUCAGGUGAAAAAUUCAACAGUUCAUCUGGCCGACCUCUUUUAAAAAAAAAAAAAAAAAUAGAUUUGAACAAGUGGUGUGUUUUGCCCACAAUGUCUGAGCUUUCUGGCCUCGUAUGUCUGGAGUUUCCCAGAGACGUCUAAGCAUGAACAUCCAGGGAUGACAAGAACAAGCAGAUCAUCUCUGUGCCUAAACUGAACUUACGACAAACCAUCAAACCGUAUAUGUCUCGUUAAACUUCCGAGAGCGAAGGGAACGUCACUGCUCAGAUGUUUUUGGAAGCCCAGCAUUCUGUUCUACAUAUUGUCCAUUAUGUAAAUAGUGUUGUUUUAUUUUAUUUUUUGGGGCCGUCUGUCUAAGACUUUUAGUGUCCACCUGUAAUUUUCAUAUUUAAAUUGCUAGCAUAUAAAUAUAUAUUAUAUCAGAGUUGCCAAAUGUCACUAUAUCCUAUGAAUAAGAGGUUUUAUCAUUUGAAAGUAAAGUUAAAACUGGUUUCUAGUUUAGUUUCUAUCUUAUUUCCCCUCCCUGACCCCUGACCCCACCCUCACCCCGAGGAGAGUAGACCUCUCCGUCUCGCCCCCUGUACAGUUCAACAAGCUAUGAUGCAGUUUGUUUCCAGAAGUAAAAGUUUUUUUUUCUUGUGUAUUGACAGUUUUAGCUAUAUAAUAAACAAUAUAAAUUUUG